UAUCUUCCUGUCUGUAAAACCCAACCGCACACACUGUGACCACGAUUCUCCUCCUGCCUGUCACUUAAGGUGUGCAUUAAAGAAAAUCUGAAACCUGGUCAAAUAAUGGAGGAACAGCUGACAUACACGACGGUGACUUUCAAGGCUAGAAAUGAGGUUUCUACACUUGAGAAACCAAAUGAGCUGGAAAUAAUCUAUGAUGAAAUCAAAGUUAAGGAGCAGACAGGAAGAAGGAAAGCUUGGCUGUGUCCUCCGUCUCAUCUCGUGGCUGCAGCUUUGGGGAUCAUUUGUGUCGUCUUGGCAUCAUACAUCAUCAUCCUCAAAAUCCAAUUCUACACGAUCAUGUCGGAUCAGCUCAGAGAAAAAAACAACCUAACAGCUCGGAAUCAGCAGCUGUGGUCCGAGAAGGACGACCUACAGAGAAAAACACAAGAGCUGACCAGAGAGAGAGACGGACUCAACUGGACCCUAGGAGUCAUCAUGGAGUACGAGACGUUUCCAGUGAAUGCCUUCUGCCUACGGAAUGUGUGUGAACCUUGUCUGGACAACUGGGUGCUGUUUCAGUCAAACUGUUAUCUGUUUAGGAAUUCUGAAAGUUCCUGGAAAUGGAAUACCUGGAUUAAGAGUCAAGAAGAAUGCCAAAAAUGGAUUGCAGAUCUGGUGGUGAUAGAAAGCCAGGAAGAACAGGAAUUCAUCAAUAACCACACAGAGGUGUAUAAUGAUGACAACCACGGCUACUGGAUUGGCUUGAGAAAAGAGGAUUGGACGGAGUCCUGGAUGUGGUUAGAUGGAAGCAACCUUACUGCGGUGUAUUGGAGGGAACAACCAGCUAACAACAGACUGAAUUGUGCUUUAACCUCGCCGCAUGGAGAUCCCCUCGCCAAGUGGCGGAAAACAAGCUGUGAUAUGCGGAACCGCUACAUCUGUGAAACCAGAGCCUUGAUCAAACAGGACGAAGAAGAAGCAGCGUUCGCUUAGAGAUUUCAAUUUAUAAGAAAGUUUUACAACUUUUUUUUAACUCAAAGCUAAAAAGCAUACUGUUGUAGUCUGUCCGUUCUCCUGUUUUCUUUUUAAAUAAAGAUGUAAACACAU